AUUGUCCGAGCCUGGCCGAAGCUGUCCGAGCUCCCGGUGCAGGCUUAGUGGGUCAUGGAGAAAGAAGGUAAAUAACAGCACACAGCGGCUGGAUCACACGGUCAGCGGCGGUUUGCGGUUAAAGCAGCGGACGGCGAGACUAGACAGGCGGGGAAGAGGCUCUACGGUUCGGCUACAGCAGCAGCAGCUGUCGGCGGUGAGUUCUCAGGUUCUGACUGGGUUUGCCUCAUCCCUGUGUUGCCAUGGCGAUGCGGGAGCUGGUGGAGGCAGAAUGCGGGGGAGCCAAUCCCCUGAUGAAGCUGACUGGUCACAUGACCAAGGAGGGCGGGGCCUGGCGGCACCGAUCCACACCCACAGUUCCUCCGACUCCAAUAGAAAUUGCCACAGAGGAGGAGCUGGUGAAUGAGUUCCUGCAGGCGCCUCCUCGGCCUCCUCACACCUUCGACAUGGGGCAGCUGUUGGAGGAGAUGCAGCAGAUCGACCAGCAGAGCUUCAGACAGGCUCCUCAGAGAGCUCCAGAUGUGGCAGCCUUGGCGCUCUCUGGUGAUUGGGUGGCAGAGUUCCAGUCCAGCUCCGACUCCGCCUCCACGCCGGGCCUCAUCGCUCUGGGUGAUGCGGCUGAUGCCGACUGGACGAGAGAGUUUAUCGCUGAGGCGGCAGAUCCUGGACGUUGGGCUGAAGAGUAUCUGGAGCAGUCGGAGGAGAAGCUGUGGCUCGGAGACCUGGGAGACAAAGAGAGUGAAUGGACGAAGGAGUAUCAUCCAGGGGAGGAGCUCCGGCAGACGGCCAAUGAGCUCGUCUCAAAGGUGGACGAUCCAAAGUUACAGAACACUGAGUUCCUGCGGUUCAUUAGGCAGAUUGGCGAGGGCAGUGUGACAGUGGAGAGCAGGACAGACAGACAGCUCACAGAUAGAGCUCAGGCCCGGGAGGCUCAGAACUGGGCCUCCAACCUCAACCAGUUCCUGACGGAGACGGGGGGCGGCAGCCUUCCCCUGGAGCCUCCAGAAAGCAAUGAGAAGAUUGAGAAAGUUAAAGCUAAACAAGCAGAGCAGUGGGCCAAAGUCAUCAGGCAGGUGUCGGAGGAGUCGGCUGAAGCCUGGGUGGACGAGUUCACCACAGCAGGACCAGACUUCCAACAGGCCAAAGCUGCAGUGGAGAGCGACGUGGACUUCUGGGAGAAGCUGCAGCAAGAGUGGGAGGAGAUGGCCAAGAGGGAUGCAGAGAGUCACCCCUGGCUGUCCGACUUCGAGCAGCUGCUCAGCACCUCGUAUGAUAAGGGCUACCAGUUUGAGGAGGAGAACCCCUACCUGUCCCACCCCGACCCGCUGUCGGAGGGCGUGAAGAGGAUGGAGGCCGGAGACAUCCCCGGAGCCGUUCGCUUCUUCGAAAGUGCCGUUCAGAGAGAACCAGACAACCAGCUGGCGUGGCAGUACCUGGGAACCUGUCAGGCCGAGAACGAGCAGGAGUUUGCUGCCAUCAGCGCCCUCCGCAGGUGUAUAGAGCUGAAGAACGACAACCUGACCGCCCUGAUGGCGCUCGCCGUCAGCUUCACCAACGAAUCGCUGCACAGGCAGGCCUGUGAGACGCUCCGCGAUUGGCUGAAGCACAACCCCAAAUAUCGCUCGGUGUGGGAGCAGAACGAGAGAGAACGGAAGGACGGAGGCCGAGAGAAGGAAAAGGAGAAGGAGAAGGAGAGGUUCGGAUCACUGCUGCCAGAGUCUCUGUUCACGGAUGUUCAGACUCUGUUCCUGCAAGCGGCCAACUCGGACCCGGCCCAGGUGGACCCUCAGCUGCAGUGUGGUCUGGGAGUCCUGUUCAACCUGAGCGGAGAGUACGACAAGGCGGUGGACUGCUUCAGCGCCGCUCUGUCCGUCACCCCACAGGACUACCUGCUGUGGAACAAACUGGGAGCCACGCUGGCCAACGGCAGCCGCUCUGAGGAGGCCGUCGCCGCCUACCGGCGAGCUCUGGAGCUGCAGCCGGGCUUCGUCCGGAGCCGCUACAACCUGGGAAUCAGCUGCGUCAACCUGGGAGCUCACAGGGAGGCGGUGGAGCACUUCCUGGAGGCCUUGUCUCUGCAGCGGCAGGCGGCCGGAGACGGAGCUCGAGCUGCUCGCGGACCGGGAGGCGCCGCCGCCACCAUGAUGUCCGACAACAUCUGGUCCACGCUGCGCAUGGCGCUGAGCAUGAUGGGAGAGAGUUCGCUGUACGGCGCCGCCGACCGCAGAGACCUGGACGCCCUGCUGGCCCACUUCUGUCACAGGGAGGUGGAGGGAGGCAGCCAAUGAGGAGCCGCCGGGGGGCCCAUCGAGUGUGAGUGUAGUUUACAUGGAGCUCAGUGUUUGGAUGGAGGGAAGAACCAGGACGGAUGGAGGAGGACACUGUGAAUCAUCUUCAUCUUCAUCAUCUCCAUGUGUUUUAGUGACUCCUGACCGUAUCGGUGUCCUCCUGCAGAAGCAGCAGCCUCAGCUUCUGUCCUGGUUUCUUCUCUGGUGGUUCAACAAAAUUCUCUUUCAGUUACUUGAAGUUUGAAGGUAAACAAGAAGAACCUGUUCAGCAGCAGCAACUUUCCUCUGCAGGAACCUUCACAGGAUCAUCUGUCUGUUCCACUGUACCUCCAACAGCUUCACUUCUGACCAGAACCAGCAGUUCCGGGACCUAAAGCCAGCUCUGUGGAGGCUGCUUCUGUUAGAACAUCUGGAGAACUUUAUAUUCAUGGUGACGUUAGAGAGAAGAAGCUGCUGGACAUCAGAGGACAGAAAACGUGGUUCAGCCAAUCAGCAUCUGUCCUCUCUGACUUCAACCAAACUCCCACAGCAGCAUUUUAUUGGGAGCAACAACGACAAGUCAGUUUAUCGAUUAGUUGUCAGCUAUUAAAUCAAUUUUUCAGUUUGAAUAAUUUCAAAAUAAAAACUGUGUAGAUUGUGUGAUUGCAGCUUCUUCAGUGUGAAGACUUUCUGGUUUCUUUCUUCCCCUGUGUCAGUAAUGGAAUAUUUUAAUUAUUUGAGGAAACAGUGAUCCACAUUUCUCAGUGUUUUCUGUUCAUUUAGAAACCAAACAGCUGAUCAGACCAGAUUCACUGGUUUAUUCCUUACCGAUUUUCAACAAAAUUUUGACAAUUUUAGAUUAUUUAAUUUAGUGCCAGUGAGGGUUUUAACGUCCUGUUUGCUCCAUUUCAGUGUAACAGUGUUAAGACUGGACAGUUUGGGGAAAAUACACCACCAUUCAACAGUUUAGGGUCACUUAGAAAUGUCCUUAUUUUUGAAAGAAAAGCAUUUUCUGUCAAUGACGAUAACAUGAAAUGAAUCAGAAAUCCCCUCUAGACAUUGUUAAUGUGGUAAAUGACUAUUCUAGCUGGAAAUGUUUAAUAGAAUAUCUCCAUAGUGGUACAGAGGAACAUUUCCAGCAACCAUCACUCCUGUGUUCUAAUGCUACAUUGUGUUAGCUAAUGGUGUUGAAAGGAUCAUUGAUGAUUAGAAAACCCUUGUGCAGUUAUGUUAGCACAUGAAUAAAAGUGGGAGUUUUCAUGGAAAACAAGGAAUUGUCUGGGUGACCCCAAACUUUUGAACGAUGGUGUACCUGGUUGCUGUUUCUCAAUAGUGGAAUUAGAUGUUCUCCACUGACAGAUGUUCCUUGGGGCCAGUUCCUGCAGUCAGAACACUACAAAGGAAUAACUUGUUGGAAGAAUUGAACGCUAGCAGAGGCUCAGCUGUGAAGGUUCCUGCAGUAGAAAACAGUCUGAUGUUCUGUCGAGUUGGUGGACGACACUCGGAGCUCUCCCGGUUCUGUUCUCAGUUAUUCUGCAGUAGAUUAAAGGUACAUUUCAGAAGUUCUGUCAGAACUGAGCAGCAGCGACUUCAGAAACACAAAGUGCUUCACUUCUGUUUUAUACUUUAUUUAAUUUUGUAGUAAAAUCAUUAUUCUGCCAGAACAAAGAACUGAGUGUGUGUGUGUGUCUGUGUGCGUGCGUGCGUGCGUGCGUGUGUGUUGACUGGAUGAUUACUGAUUGGAUGAUUAUUGAUUGGAAGAUAAAUCAUGUUUCUGGUUUCUUGCUCCUUUCUUAUUACUCCUGUAAACUCUCUGCUUCAGUGUAAAUGAAUGCGUCUGCAUUACUGUGUAUUGUAACAUAAUUGAUGCACUAUAAUUGUUUUCAGGCGUCUUAUAUCCUGACUGCAAUGUUUAAUAUAAUAUUCAGCAAUAAAGCUUUGAUUCCAGA